GAGCGAAGCCAUACUAAUACCCCUUUCUUCUUUCUAAUCCGUCUCCAUUGCAAUUCUCAAGUCACGAGUCUCAACCUUGCUAUCCCCAACCCACCUUAAUAGUAUAUAACUCACACACACAAGCUUCCAAAUACAACCCCCCAGGAUCUCUGAUCUGCCUCUUCAGAGUCCCUAUUAUUUUUAAUCUGUUGGUUUUCCAAACACACAAAUUCCCACACCAGAACCCUCUUAUUGUGCGAUAUGCUGUGUAGCUGGCACCCUCACCCAUCACCUUGGGUACUCCUCCACCAACCACCACUAAUAGCACCACAUUAAUUUGGUUUCCUUUGGUCCUCACCCAGUGGUAUACAAGGUGGUGUGUGAAACUGAAAGGUGCAAGGCCAAAAUGCUUGAUUCCGUCCUUUUCGCGCUUUUCUUGCCUUGUCUUGGCAUGAGCUCCAUCUUCAUCAUCUACAUGUGCCUUCUCUGGUACGUCACUACCCAUCAGCCUCCCGUCACACCACCGGCGAAGUCCGUCUCUGAAAAGGGGUUGUCCCCUUCGGAGCUCGAGAAGCUUCCUAGAAUCACCGGAAAAGAAUUGGUCAUGGGCACUGAAUGCGCCGUGUGCCUCGACGACAUCGAGAACGAGCAACCGGUUCGACUGGUCCCCGGUUGCAACCACGGGUUCCAUGUGGAAUGUGCUGACACUUGGUUUUCCAAGCACCCGCUUUGUCCAGUUUGUCGAGCCAAGCUCGACCCUCAAAAUUUCACUUCUGAAAGUCCAUGCUGAAGAAUGAAGAUUCAAUCCCAGUCACGGUGGUAUCAUUGUUAGGAAAAAUAAACGAAGGAACAAGGGAAGGGAAAAUUAUUUAGCCUUUUUUUAAUUUUAUUUUAUUAAUGUUAAGUUACUUUUGUGUCGUGUGUCAGGGCCUUAUGAAUUUAGCACCGAAAAACACUGUCUUUCUCUUUUUGGGGUUUUCACUGUCCCGUACGGUUCUACUACUUUAGGAUUAUAUUUAUGAUAUUGUAGGGUGGAGCGGCGUGCGGUGCAGGGAGGAGGGUCCAUGCUUUAAUUUUAGCCUUUUUAUUUUUAAUUAUUAAUUGUUAAAUUACAGCGCUCAAUGGUUGAUGGACUUGGACGGAGAUGUAUAUGUUAUGUCAUGCUUUUCAGAAUUUUCACUUUUUUCCCCUAGAAAGAAUUGCAUGUAAAAAGGGUUUUUCUGGCAUAAAUGACCCUAGUGGGGGAAGAAUGGAGGACAAAGAGCGGCCAAUUCACGCUAACAAGUAAAUACAAGACGCGUAUGUCAGGGUUUGUUGUAGCAAGUGGAUGAAUGGGUCGUGAAUUGAACGGUUUCGUAUACUUUCCAUUGGAGUCACAGACCGUACACAAUGUGAUUUUGAUUUUGGUUUUGAUCGUAUCACCUAAACGACAAACAACUAGAUGCCAGCUGGGUUUGCGUGACUUGAUCAUCUACUUCAUUAAAUUUGGUUUAACAAUGUUAAAAAUUAAAACCUGGGCAAGAUUAAA